GCUCCCAUUGUCUGUACGAACAAGCCAGGGUGAGCAGCUACCUGAGUAAGGGUUGGAGAGGGAACUCAGAAUUGAAGAUCUCUUCUCUUCGCACGAAAAAGUAUUCAACCAACAAAGAGUAACAAUGGGUUUACUCUCAGAGAAAUCUCUCUAUUUCUUAUCAAAAAGAAGUGAAGUCAUGAUCAAAAGAACACAAGUCUCUCGUCUCAAAUACAAGCAAUUCUGCACUUCUCAAAAUAACGAACAAACAUUGACAGAAAUCACAAAAUUUCUCAAUCAGGAUCACUGGGAGUUUCUCAUUGAAUCGUCACAGAUGCCCCAGAAGCUAAACCCAGAUAUGGUUCAGUCUAUUCUUCAACAAAACCAGGUAAAGGACCCCAAACGCCUCUUUGAAUUCUUUAAUUGGGUCAAUACUCGACUGGUUGCCCGCCAAAAUUUGAAUUCUUUUUCAUAUCUUGCAAUAAUUUUGUGUAAGGCGAGGCUUUUUCAGUAUGCUUUUCGUGUGAUUGACGGAAUGAUUGGUACCAAGCAGUCACAUUUUCAGAUAUUGGAAUCAUUGCUUGGAUGUUACAGAGAAUGUAAGGAGAGUGAUGUGUCUGUUUUUGAAUUGUUGAUUGAUUGUUAUAAAAAGGUGGGUCUUUUAGAUGAAGCUGCUGGUGUGUUUCUUCGUGUUGUAAAAGAUGGCGGGCCAGUGCCUGGUUUGGUGUGUUGUAAUUCCUUUUUGAAGGAUUUGUUGAGAGGAAAUAGAGUGGACUUAUUUUGGAAGGUGUAUAAUGCAAUGCGAGAAGCUAAGGUCAUUCCCGAUGUUUACACUUAUACAAGUCUGAUUAAUGCUUUUUUUGUGGUGGGCAAUGUUCAGGAGGGUAAAAGGGUUCUUUUUGAAAUGGAGGAGCAAGGCUGUAGUCCAAAUUCAAUUACUUAUAACGUGGUGAUUGGAGGGUUAUGUAGAGUUGGGGCUGUUGAUGAAGCUUUUGAGGUGAAGGAGAGCAUGAUUCGUAAGGGCUUGGCUCCUGAUGGAUUUACUUAUGGUAUUCUUAUUGAUGGGUUCUGUAAACAAAAGAGAUCUGGAGAGGCAAAGUUGAUGUUGACGGAGAUGUACGAUAGGCAUAUAAGUCCUGACAAGGUUGUGUAUACUGCUUUGAUUGAUGGGUUCAUGAAACAAGGUGACGUGGAAGAGGCUUUCAAACUCAAGGAAGACAUGGUUGCAUAUGGAAUCAAAUUAAAUCGUUUCACCUAUAAUGCACUUAUUAGUGGAAUUUGUAAGGUUGGUGAAAUUGAGAAGGCAACAGCUCUGUUCAAUGAGAUGAUUGUGAUGGGGAUAAAUCCUGAUACGCUGACUUACAAUUAUUUGAUUGAAGGAUACUGCCGAGAGCAUAAUAUGGUUAAGGCUUAUGAACUACUUGCUGAUAUGAAGGGAAGGAACUUGGCACCUACGGUAUAUACCUGUGGUGUGAUAAUAAAUGGCCUAUGUCGUUGUCGAGAUCUUGAACGGGCUAAUCGGGUUUUUGAGGAAAUGAUUGCUGCUGGUCUGAAACCAAAUAAUGUUAUAUAUACGACCCUCAUCAAAGGUCAUGUUCAGGAACACAGAUUUGAAGAGGCAAUACAUUUUCUAAAGUUAAUGUCCGAUAAAGGUGUUUUGCCUGAUGUCUUUUGCUACAAUUCUCUUAUGAUUGGCCUUUGCAAGGCCAAAAAGAUAGAAGACGCCAGGAGGUACUUAGCUGAAAUGAUUGCAAGGGGAUUGAAGCCUAAUGUUUAUACUUAUGGGGCUCUAAUUCAUGGAUAUAUCAAGGCUGGCGAGAUGCAAGCUGCAGACAUGUAUUUCCAAGAGAUGCUUGGUUGUGGCAUAGCUCCAAAUGAUAUCAUUUAUACAAAUAUGAUAGAUGGACACUGCAAAGAGGGCAACAUAAAGGAAGCAUUUUCAACAUUUAGAUCCAUGCUUGGACGAGGGGUGAUCCCAGAUGAGAAGACUUACAGUGUCCUCAUUCACGGUCUCUCCAAGAGUGGAAAAGUUCAUGAAGCAGUGGGGUUAUUGUCUGAACUCCGUGACAAGGGUCUGGUGCCUGAUGUUUUUACUUAUAGCUCCCUUGUUUCUGGCUUUUGUAAGCAAGGUGAUAUGCAGAAGGCUUUCCAAUUUUUUGAAGAGAUGUGUGAGAAGGGUAUUACUCCAAAUAUUGUUACCUAUAAUGCCAUGAUCAAUGGGUUAUGUAGGUCAGGUGAAAUUGAGAGAGCUAGGGAGCUAUUUGAUGGAAUCUCUGGAAAGGGUUUGGCUCCUAAUGGGGUGACUUAUACUACAAUUAUAGAUGGAUAUUGCAAAUCUGGUAAUUUAACUGAGGCAUUUCGGUUGUUGGAUGAGAUGUCAUCAAGGGGGGUUCCUACUGAUGGUUUUGUUUACUGUGCCCUUGUGGAUGGCUGUUGCAAAGUAGGAAAUAUUGAGAAGGCUAUGUCCUUGUUUCUAGAAAUGAUUCAGAAGGGCUUUGCCUAUACUUCUUCUUUCAACACUUUGAUUGAUGGUUUGUGCAAGUCAGGGAAGAUUGAUGUAGCUAAUCAGCUGUUGGAAGACAUGAUUGACAAGCACAUCUCACCAAAUCAUGUGACCUACAUGAUUCUGAUUGAUUAUCACUGCAAGGCAGGAGCAAUGAAGGAGGCAGAGCACCUCUUACGGGUGAUGGAAAAAAGGAAUUUAAUGCCAAAUGUUUUAACUUACACUUCACUUAUACAUGGUUAUAACAGAAUAGAAAACAGAUCUGAGAUGUUCACUCUUUUUGAUGAGAUGGUGGAGAGAGGAAUUGAGCCUGAUGCAGUAAUCUACAGCAUGAUGCUAGAUGCUUGCUUUAAAGAAGAUAAUUUGGUGAAAAAAUUUAAGUUGGUGGAUGAAAUAUUUGCUAAGGGUGUCGCCAUAAACCAAAAUUUGUAUGAUUCACUAAUAGAUACCCUAUGCAAAGAGGAAGAAUUUUGUGAACUGUUGAAGUUACUUGAUGAAAUGAGAGAGCAAGAAGUUAAGCUUAGUCCCUCUACAUGUUGCAUUCUCAUCUCUGGUUUCUAUGAAGCAGGAAAUACGGACAAAGCAGCCAUGCUUGUAGAGAAUAUGGUCCGCUUUGGGUGGGUCCAAGAUUCCACUGUUAUAACAGACUUUGUCAGAGAAGACCGAAAUGAUACAAACUCCGACAACGCUAUUAAUUUCUUAAAGCAGGCAGCAAUUGGAGGUGUGUAUCAAGUGUAAAUUUAUGUGCUGGUGAAGAGAGCUGGAAUUAUGAACUUUAAACUAUUUCCUUCUGUACCAUAAAAUAGGGAAUUAAUGCCAUGUAUACUCUUUGUAUACAAAUCGUGGUGGAAUUUUUUUAAACCUGGGUUCCAGAUUCCACAGCUUUUACUUGACCAGGUGGAGAUGAGAAAGACUACAGGGAAUUGUUGGGCAGUGAUGACAGUGGCAGGAUGCUGGAGGAGGCCGAUGGGACAAGUAUACCCCUGUAAGUAGUUGUAGGAAUGAUGCAAGUAAAACGAGGGGGACAACUAAUUUAAUCUUUAUCAUUGUACAUUGCAAUAAUUGUUUCUUAUUUGGCUUCUGCCAUGAUUGGAAUGGCUGAUCUGAGGGACUAUGUGUGGGAAGAUGAUCAGUUCAAGAGUUCUGAAGAGAAGCGGUAAGUCCUCUGAUCAGUCACCGAGAAGACGUUGAUACUGCUUGGUUUAUAUAACCCUCCUAUCUUUAUAAAGUAAAAGUAAAACUCUCAUUCAUU